AUGGUCAGGGAUGGUGUCUUGCCCGAUGAUGUGUCCUAUGCUACUGCAUUGCAGGCAUCAGCAUGUCUGCUGUCAUGGGCUCUUGGAGCAAGCAUACAUGCCUCUGUAAUCAAGACAGGGUUCUUGGACAGCGAUGGCGUUGCUAGCUCGCUUAUCACCAUGUAUUCAAAAUGUGGCAGCUUGGGCGAUGCACUCCAAGCAUUUGAGGUAGCAGAAGAUCACUUCUGUGUAAUGUCAUGGACGGCCAUGAUCACUGCACUGCAGCAGAAUGGACAUGGACUACAGGCGGUUGAUAUGUUUGAGAAAAUGCUAGAGCAUGGCAUCCCUCCAGACCACAUCACAUUUGUUAGUGUUCUCUCUUCCUGUAGCCACAGCGGACUUGUUGAGCAAGGACGCAAGUACUUCAAUUUGAUGACCCAAGUUCAUAAGAUCACACCUUCGACUGAGCAUUAUGCGUGCAUGGUUGACAUGUUUGGGCGAGCAGGCCUUCUAAGUGAGGCAAAGCAAUUCAUUGACCAGAUGAGAGUUAAGCCAGAUGCAUCAGUCCUUGGGGCACUACUUUCAGCUUGCAUGAAUUGCAGGGACCUUGAGAUGGGAGAGGAAGUUGCUAAGAAGCUGUUUGUGAUUGAACCUGGAAAUACCGGGAACUAUGUCCUGCUUGCUAAUAUCUACACAUCACAUGGAAGAUUGGAGAAGGCAAAAGAGGUGCGGAAAUGGAUGAGGUUCCAGGAGUUAAGGAAGGAGAAGGGAUGCAGCUUAGUUAACGAUGAGAGCCAAACCUCUAUGUUAUGA